UGGCCCCGCCCCUAAGUGACGCAUGCGUGGAGGAUAUGUUCUUCGCAGCAAAGUCCUCCUUUACUCCACACACGCUUCUAAGCCUCGGCACAUCUACUAACUACACUUUAUUCAUCCUCCGUGUCAGCAUCAACUCCACUCGUCUCACUCAACUUUGGACAUUAUUAGGCCCGCUUAGAUUGCUCCUUGUUUGAGCGCGCUAGUUAGCCUAGCAUGCUAGUUAGCUUAGCUUGUUAGCCGCUAACAAAGAGACGCGGAUUUGAUCAACACAUCGCUUAGUUAAGAUCAAGUGUGAGUGUAAAGUGUUGUGAUUGUGUGAAAAUGUGUGAAAGAACCAUAGCAGAGUACGAGGAGGAACUUUCUCGGACAAAAGAUGACAACAUGAGACUACGUCAACUACUGGAGGCUGUUUUCAAGAAACCUCAAGUUGUUUUACACAGAACAGCUGUCAAAGAGGCAGCUGUGACUUUCUUGACUCCUCCAUGGCUUCCCUCAGAGACACUGGCGGUCACCACACCCCUCCGACUUUCAGGUGGAUUGGAUGUUGGCCUGGGAAGACAUUCCCCUGAAGGUCUUCUUCAUGUGUCAGCUGGAAGUACCCUGACUGCUGUGAGGGGAAACUGAUGACAUUACCUCAAUGAAGCACAUCGUCCUCGUGAGCAGGAGGAGGAACCACAGUCCCCCCACAUACACGAUGAAGAAAAGGUACCACAUUCCCAACACAUCAAAGAGGGAGGAGAGGAGCCACAGCCCCCCCACAUUAAAGAGGAACAUGAGGCGCCACAGACCCAUAAUGUUAAACUGACCCUUCACAUUAAAGGGCAAGUGGAGGACCCACUGAUCUUACACAUCAAAAAGGAAGAGGAGGACCCACUGACCCCCUACUUUAAACAGGAAGAGGAGGACCAAGAGGCGCCGCACAUUAAAGAGGAAGAGGAGGAAGAGGGCAUCAGUCAGCCUAAAUGGUUGGAGGAGUUCCCAGUGACUGGUGUCCCUGUGAAGAGUGAAGAUGAUGAGGUGAAAGGUGAAAGUGAGGAGAGGGGAGGGGGGGAGCCUCCAAGCAGCAGCUCAACACAACACAUGACAACAGAAGCUGAUGGAGACCACUGUGGAGGAUCACAAGCAGACAAGCUCUUAGCUCCACUAUCAGAUAGUGAGGACACAACGUCACACUCUCCUGACACUGAUGAUGAAGACUCUAAAGAUGAUAAGACAUGUCACACUGACAACACUCACUUCACAUCUUCUCACUCUCACAAAACCUUUAAAUACCAUAGUUAUCUGAAAAGACACAUGAGAACACACACUGGAGAAAAACCUUUUUCUUGUUCACUCUGUAGUAAAGGUUUUACACAACGUCAGAAUUUGAAGGUACACAUGAGAACACACACCGGUGAAAAACCUUUUUCCUGUUCAAUCUGCGGGAAAGGUUUUAGAGAAAGUCAACAUUUGAAAAGACACAUGAGAACACACGCUGGUGAAAAACCUUUUAUCUGUUCAAUCUGUGGUAAAGGUUUUGUUGAAAGUCAGAGUUUGAAAGUACACAUGAGAACACACAAUGGUGAAAAACCUUUUUCUUGUUCAAUUUGUGGUAAAGGUUUUGCACAAAAUCAGAGUUUGAAAAGACACAUGAGAACACACACUGGAGAAAACCUGUUUCCCUGUUCAAUAUGUGGUAAAGGUUUUGUUAAAAGUCAGGGUUUGAAAAUACACAUGAGAACACACAAUGGUGAAAAACCUUUUUCCUGUUCAACCUGUGGUAAAGGUUUUACACAAAGUCAAUGUUUGAAAGAACACAUGAGAACACACACUGGUGAAAAACCUUUCUCCUGUUCAAUCUGUGGUAAAGGUUUUGCACAAAGUCAACAUUUGAAAAGACACAUUAAAACACACACUGGUGAAAAAUCACAUUCCUGUUCAAUCUGCAACAGAAGCUUUUGUGACCGAUCAAAGCUUGUAAGACACAAGGGAACACACACUGGUGAAAAAUCACAUUCCUGUUUAAUCUGCAACAGAAGCUUUUUUCAACGAUCAAACCUUGUAAGACACACUAGAACACACACUGGUAAAAAAUCACAUUCUGUUCAAUCUGCAACAGAAGCUUUUGUGACCGAUCAAAGCUUGUAAGACACAUGAGAAGACACCCAGGAGAGAAAGUGUUGAGUUGCAGUGUGUGUGGUGAAAGAUUGUCUUCUAAGUACCAGUGUAAGAAACACAAGUGUGCUGGUGAGAACAGCAGCAGCAAAUGAAACUGCAGGAUUUGAAAUAAACUGUCCAGACUUUCA